ACAGAUUAGCGAUCAGUUAGACCGUAUUGUUGCACAUUAGAGUGCAAAAUGCGAACCAAUGCAGUGUAUCUCCGCCGACUCCAUCGCCGUUCUCAGUUUGCAUGUGCAGACCUUGGCUGCGUGGAGCCGGUGGCCUCUCAGCAGGACACACCAGUCAACGGUAAACGCAAGGAAAGCCUGUGUCACUCUGGGAACCCGCAGGAUCUAGCCCCAGAGUGUGAGCGAGAGGUGGCCCAGUCUACGAGGUCGGUCUUGAAAAGGGUUCUCAGCUUCUUUCAACUGAGGAACAGCAUUUCACCGGAACACCGCAAGCCCACCUCGCCAGCACGGCCUCCAAAGCAACCCCCUAGUCCGAGAAACCGCAGGAAGCUCAACUGUCCGGAGGGGUCGGCGCGCGAUAAAGAAAACAUCCCUCCCUUGCCCAAGGCACCGACGGCCGUGUCUCUGCUUCGAAACUUUCGCCAGCAAGAACUGGAGGAAAGCAAGCAAGAACAGGGUCCUCGUCCGCCUCUGGGGGUGAGACCGCUCUCGGAAUUCAAGCAGUUCGCUCAUCCCGAGACUCAGGAACGCCCAAGGCAAUUCUCGAAACUAUCAAUUACAAGAGCAGGCCAACGCCGACAACACGAGAGCGACAAGAGCGAGAAUCACAAGCCCAGGAAAAUUCUCCGACGCAGCCGACGGGACAAUUCUACUGGAGACGUAUACGUCACACACAAGCACUUUAGCAGAUUCGGUGAACUCAUUGAUGACCCACUGAUCCAGAAGUUCUUGAAUGCUGAUGUGUGCCGCAGAUAUGCAGACAAAUACCUUAUAGCUAUGGUCUUUACCUAUUUUCUACGAUCAAGACUUCAGUUUCAUGAAUACACCAAGGAAAAUUUCUUUGCAGGAUUGUAUCUCGCCCAUGAUAUGGAAGAAGAUGAGGAAGAGCUAAAGUACGAGGUGUUUCCAUGGGUGCUUGGUCGCAGAUGGCGCAAGACAUAUCCAACUCUCUUACAGAAGCGUGAUGAUAUUUAUUGGGCCAUUGACUGCAGAGCUGUUGUGUCUAAGAAAUGCUGUGAUCAGGUUAUGGAUUUGGAACCAGAUCACUGGGUAUGGAAACGCGAACGCCCUGAAUAUCAUGGGGGAGCUCUCCGAGAUUAUCUUCGGCAUGAAGAUGAUAAUGGACAUCCUCGUGGGCCAGAUAAGUCCCCUCUUCGGUGUCAGGAGUGUCUUGAACGCCAGUGUCUAGAGUCUGACAAUUCUUACCUCCUCUACAUGUCAGACUCUGACAUGAGCAAUGAUACUAAGGCCACAGGUGAAGGUGAUGGAGUGGCACAAAAUGAAAAGGAUUCAGGCUUUGAAACUUUUUUAUGUGAAGCAAUGGAUAUAGAAAGUACAACAACCAAAAACAAUAUCCCCAUAGAAAGUAGUGCUGACCCUGAAAAACAGCAUGCAAAAAUCUUGAUUACAAGUGCUGAUAAACUGAAAGAGACUAAUAACAAUUUUAUUUGCACAAAUGGAGACUGUGAGAAAGCCUGUCUUUCAGACGACGCCUCUACAUAUGACCUCUCAGUUGACUCUGGAGAAGAAAUGGAAUGUCAGGGGAAUGACAGCACCAGAGCAGUUAAUGAUGAAAAAAUUUCUUUGUCUCAAGCUGACACUGUGAGUUUUCACUCAGAAGUACAAUCUAAACUUUCUCAGGAAUUUUGAUAUGAACUGCUGUAUAGAUUAAUUUAUUCUUAUAGACAUCAUUUUCAUGGUUUGUUAAAAGCUAAUUUUCAAUUUCCUUAAUGGUAUUUUCUGAUCUUCAGAAUUUAUAGGUAUCUUCACUACUCUGUUCAGAUCCUGACAAAAUGUUGUAUGGCUGAAUCUCUAUAUUUUGUUUUAUUAUUGAGUUUUGUAUAUCUGCACUAUAGAUUAUAUUGUAUAUGGAUAAAGUUACACUGGAGAACUUUUUAUGUAUUUUCUUAUACCAUUUUGCUUUAUUUAGUUACAAAAUCCAGUGCUGAUGGGGGAUUAUUGAUUUUAUUUUUCAGAAAAUCUGACAAGUCACAGUAUAAAAAAUUACAUGAAAUUACACUAAACUAUAUAUAAAAACUUGGAACAAAGCAUUAUAGAAAUGAUGGUCUAAAUUUAAAUUUCUUUGGCUCCUAGUAGUCAAAUAUUGUUUUGUGUAUCAUCACGAAAGGAAUUUGUAUUUAUUUUCUAUUGCCCAAAAACAGCAUAACGUCUUUCAUUUGUGUAGACAUGAUGAAUCCAGAUUCAGCAUCAGAUUUCAUGCAAUUAGAAUUGCCAUAAAUACUAUAAUGUGUUUUUCUCCAUAUCCUUGCAAUAAGUAGCUAUUUGAACAGAUAUGGUUUCAGUGUAGUCAGAAACAUUAUUAUUAUUUACAUAGUAUUUUAACUAUGUAUACAGUAUAUUGACUUCCAUCCUCUAGCAUACAACAUUCUAACUAAUUAACUGUUUUCUGUUUGAGGUUUUAUCACUCUUGGUGCACCACUGAAACAAAAAUAAGUCAGCAGAUAUCUAAAUAACAAUCUCUUAUAGAUAUAGUGAUGCAGAGUUUAGACUUGUUAGGAGACACUGAUGUAAAACGGGUGGUAUUACCCCCAUGGGGACGGUGGAAAUAUUUAGGG